GGGUGGAGCCUCAGGAGGGGGAGGAGGGAAGUGUCAGUGCGCGGUCCGGGGGGAGGGAGCGCGCGGGGAGGAGGAGUCAGAGCCGGGGGGAGACGGAGAGAUCUCGGGACAGACUGACAGCGGCGGGGGCAGGAGAGAGAGACCCGGGACAAUAACAAGCGGUGGAGAGAGACACCCCUUCCUUCUGGUGCUUAUAUUUAUUUUUUUUUAAGUACAGUAACUUUUCCUUAAACCUUAUUUUUUAUUGUUUGAAAUUUUUACGACGUCAACCGGCAGAUUCACCUAUUUCUUAACAAACGGGAAAAAACAAGUAAAAAAUAAACAAAAAAAAGGAAGAAAUCCCAAGACAUCAAGUGCAAGAAUUCUUUUUUCUAAUGAUGCCGUCCAAUGGCACCGUCCUCAACACCAGCAACCCCUCGACGGAGACGGAUGCACAAGCGCUAAAGGGAGAUGCAGCCAUGGAAGAAAAUAAGAGCAAAGACGAAAAGCCAGACAAAGGGGUGUCCACAAAGAAAACGGGGCGUCCAGGGAGAAAGCGCAAGCAAAGCAUGGUGGAAAGCGCUAAUGUAUCCAAAGACAUUGCCUCAGUCCCUAAGUGCCACACGUCUUCAAACACCACACGGCCAGAUCCAAUUCACAACGGAGAUAUGGAAUCCACCAAAAGGCAGCACAAGCCUGAGAGGUCCAGCCAAGAUCGACCAACACCAGAGCUAAGUCCAAGAGACACGAAGACCUGUGAUUCGCCAGAAGAAGUUCUACGAGACAGUGAUGUAAAGCAGGUGGUGGAGAAUGGAUGCUGUACUCCAAGUGAUGAGACGGAUCCUCAGCAAAUGGAGGACUGUGAUGUUUUAGAAAUCUCUACACCCAAGAAAAGAGGGAGACGAAGCCUGUCCAACAGCUCAGAGAAAAGCAAAGAAGAGACGGAAGAUACAAGUUCCAGCUCUCCCAAAUCGGAGGAAUACCGAGGCCGGCUGCGUGGAGGAUUAGGCUGGGAGACUAAUCUACGUCAGAGACCAAUGCAAAGACUACCCUUCCAGGCUGGGGACCCUUAUUACGUCAGCAAGAGGAAGCGAGAUGAGUGGUUGGCCAGAUGGAAAAGGGAGGCUGAGAAGAAGCAGCAGUUGGCAGCCGUGAUCAACGCCAUGGAAGAAACUGUGUCACGGGAGCCUCAUAAGGAAGAGGAACCUUGCCCGCUGGCCCCCCAGCAACCCACAGACCCCGCCUCCCCCACAGUGGCCACCACCCCCGAACCGGUUGCGCCUGAUGCUGUCGACAAAAAUACGUCCAAGUCUGCAGACGAAGAGGCAGAGUAUGAGGAUGGUCGGGGCUUUGGCAUUGGAGAACUGGUGUGGGGCAAGCUCCGUGGGUUCUCCUGGUGGCCUGGUCGCAUUGUAUCUUGGUGGAUGACGGGAAGGAGCCGCGCAGCAGAGGGGACACGUUGGGUCAUGUGGUUUGGGGACAGCAAGUUCUCUGUGGUUUGCGUGGAGAAACUGUUGCCUCUCAGUUCAUUCGCCGGCACCUUCCACCAGGCCACCUACAGCAAGCAGCCCAUGUACCGCAAAGCCAUCUAUGAGGUUCUCCAGGUGGCCAGCACCCGAGCCAGAAAGGUUUUCCCAACAUGCCCAGAAAACGACGAGUCGGACAAUUCCAAAGCAGUAGAAAUCCAGAACAAGCAGAUGAUCGAGUGGGCGCUGGGUGGCUUCCAACCCUCUGGCCCCAAAGGACUGGAACCUCCAGAAGAGGAGCGCAACCCAUACAAAGAAGUUUACACAGAAAUGUGGGUGGAACCCGAAGCAGCUGCCUACACCCCUCCCCCUCCAGCUAAAAAACCUCGAAAAAGCACAGAAAAACCCAAGGUCAAGGAAAUCAUUGAUGAGGGCACACGAGAGAGACUGGUCUAUGAAGUAAGGCAGAAGUGCAGGAACAUUGAAGAUAUCUGUAUUUCCUGUGGCAGUUUGAAUGUUACCCUGGAACACCCCCUGUUUAAUGGGGGCAUGUGCCAAAACUGCAAGAACUGCUUUCUGGAGUGCGCGUACCAAUACGAUGAUGACGGCUAUCAAUCCUACUGCACCAUAUGCUGCGGCGGGAGGGAGGUGCUAAUGUGUGGCAAUAAUAACUGCUGCAGGUGCUUUUGUGUAGAGUGUGUGGACUUGCUCGUGGGACCAGGUGCAGCCCAGGCAGCUAUUAAAGAAGACCCUUGGAACUGCUACAUGUGCGGACACAAGGGUAUCUACGGGCUGCUCAAGAGGCGCGAUGACUGGCCCUCCCGGCUUCAGCUUUUCUUUGCCAAUAACCACGACCAAGAAUUUGACCCACCAAAGCUUUAUCCGCCUAUAGCAGCUGAAAAGCGGAAGCCUAUCCGAGUACUGUCUCUAUUUGACGGCAUUGCAACAGGUCUAUUGGUGCUAAAGGAUCUUGGGAUCCACAUAGAACGUUACAUUGCCUCAGAGGUGUGUGAAGACUCCAUUACUGUCGGUAUGGUGCGACAUCAGGGAAAGAUCGUGUACGUGGGAGAUGUGCGCAAUAUUACCCAUAAGCAUAUUCAGGAAUGGGGCCCUUUUGACCUUGUUAUUGGGGGUAGUCCUUGUAAUGAUCUUUCCAUUGUGAACCCCGCAAGGAAAGGUCUGUUCGAAGGCACCGGGAGACUCUUUUUUGAGUUCUAUCGUUUGCUUCACGAGGCCAGACCUAAGGCAGGAGAGGACCGGCCGUUCUUCUGGCUCUUUGAGAAUGUUGUGGCCAUGGGCGUUAGUGACAAAAGGGACAUCUCACGCUUCCUAGAGUCCAACCCAGUGAUGAUCGAUGCAAGAGAGGUGUCGGCAGCCCACAGAGCUCGUUACUUCUGGGGUAACCUUCCCGGUAUGAACAGGCCUCUGGUUUCUACAAUAAAUGAUAGGCUGGAAUUACAAGACUGUUUGGAACAUGGCAGGUUAGCAAAGUUUAGCAAGGUCCGUACCAUCACCACUAGGUCAAACUCCAUCAAACAGGGCAAGGACCAGCAUUUCCCUGUGUACAUGAAUGAGAAGGAAGACAUUCUCUGGUGCACUGAGAUGGAAAGGGUUUUCGGCUUCCCAGUCCACUACACUGACGUUUCCAACAUGAGCCGUUUGGCAAGGCAAAGGCUUCUGGGAAGAUCCUGGAGUGUCCCGGUCAUCCGUCACCUCUUUGCCCCUCUUAAGGAAUAUUAUGCCUGUGUUUAACACAUUAGGCACAGGGACCUGAGGCUGAUCCCCAUCUUCUCAACAACCCCCCACCCCCGAUCCUGCAAGAUCCUCACUCCAUCUUCCCCUUCACCCCAUCCUCCUGGGGAAGAAAGAAGCGAAACAAGAACGUGUCACGUAGGAAAUGAAUCUCAGUAAAGUCACGGGGGCAGAGAACCAGCAGCUGUCAGGAGAUCGGGGGCAUCUGAGACCUGAGCAGACAAUUUUACGUAAUUCCCUGUUCAAUGUUACACUUUUAUUCUCUUUUACACUUGUCCACAUUUCUCAUUUUAUUUUCAUUUUUUUUGUAGUUUUUAUCUGCUAUUUUAUAGGGGGAAGAGGGGGGCAUUUUAAACCCCUCCAGCCCUAGGUUUUAGCAAAUGAUUGCAGUGCCGCUGGUCUUUACAAAGACGUCUUAAAAACGGAGCAGCGCCAUUGAGUUGUAGUGGAUAUUUUUGUCUAUUGUUGAGGUCAUUGUAUCCUGGUGCUGAAAGGUUAGAUGUUGACGUUUAGUGUUCGGUAUCUUGUACUAUGCCUUAGUCGUAAAAAUACCGCAAAUAUUCAGUGGUUUGAGCACAAGUAAGGAAGAGGAUAUAUAAAAAAUACACAUCUACACAUUUUCCUUUCAAGGUGACUUUUUGGCAUUGUCAUGGUGAGACCAGCGUUUACUGAGUGGUGUUUCUCCAUGAGCCACCUUCGGGGACCACCUCCUUCUGGAAGACUUGGAGAUGCACUGCUCAGCAAACAGGGUGCUGCUUUUAUAUAGUUUGGUCUUCUGCAUCUUGUCUUUUAGAUUUUAUUUCUUCAUCUUCCUUAAACUGAUCAUUGGAGAUGAAACAUUCUAUAUAGAUUUUACCAGAUGCCAGCUUUCAGAAUUUUAUGAGACCGAGGAAAAAAAAGAAAAUAUAUGGUGAAAUUAUACACGUUUAUUUUCGUGCAAAAAAGGAGCCUGAACCAAGCAGCUCACACAGACAGCUCGGACCUCUCAACACUGUUUACACUGUUUGUGAUAAUUACCAAUACGCUAAUUUCUAAGUGUCUGCAUGAUAUGUCAGGUAUACCACAAACAUUGGCUAUCAUGGCCAUUCCCAAUCUUCUAACUGAGCAGAAAAUAUUGGCUCCUAUGGUUGUUCCCAAUCUCAAAUCUGAGAAACCAAGAAUCUCCUAUCUGAGAAACACACAUUGGCUCCCAUGGCCAUUUCCAAUAUCCUAACUGAAGAACAUAUAUUGGCUCCCAUGUUCGUUCCCAAUCUCCUAUCUGAGAAACACACAUUGGCUCCCAUGGCCAUACUCAAUAUCCUAACUGAAGAACAUAUAUUGACUCCCAUGGCCCUUCCGAAUCUCCUAUCUGAGAAACACACAUUGGCUCCCUUGGCCAUACUCAAUAUCCUAACUGAAGAACAUAUAUUGACUCCCAUGGCCGUUCCCAAUCUCCUAUCGGAGGAACAAACAUUGGCUCCCAUGGCCAUUCUCAAUAGCCUAACUGAAGAACAUAUAUUGGCUCCCAUUUCAGUUCCCAAUCUCCCAUCUGAGAAACAAACAUUGUCUCCCAUGGCCAUUCCCAAUAUUCUACCUGAGGAACAAAUAUUGGCUACCAUAGCUGUUCCCUAUAUCCUAAGAAACAAAUAUUGGCUCCCAUAGCCAUUCCAAUCUUUUAAGAAACAAAUAUUGGCUCCCUCCUGGCUGAGGAAUAUGGAGCAUGGGUGAUAACUAAAGAAAUUGGUGGGCAUUAGGAGAUAUUGUAAGGUGCUUACAAUACACCAGGUGCUGUUAAAUCUCUCUAAUGCUGCCAUGCUGGUGUUGUAAAGCCACUAGAAUGUUUCUGAUGGUUGACAAUGGUGGCCUUGUGUAUUGUAUAUGUUUUAACAUAUGGUAUACCUGUGUACAAUGAUGCAUACCCUUAGAGUGUUGACGUAUUUGUGUAUUGGUACUGAUUACUGCUGUACAACAACUUCAUAUGGUGCUUACCAACAAUGGGAUGAUUAAAAACAUCAGCUGCCAUGUUGCCUUAUGGGCUGUGCAAAAAGCUGGCCAUUGGCCAGAUCUGGGUCAGAUCUGUUGUGUCCACAGGACAUUCCAAGCUUCCUAUAGUUAAUUAUCCAAGUGAUCACAUUGGUUAAUAAUCAAGUGAUCACAUUGUUCCAUAAUGUGAUCAGGUGCUUAUUUUUUACAAGAACUGUGCCUAUAAACACUUUGUUGCUAGCCUUGCCAGUCAGUAAAUUAGACUUAAUGGUGAUUGUGGUGGAGCCUUUCCGAAACAUUCUUUACCCCUGAGUCCAGAAGGCGUUUGGUGAUCUACUUUAUCCUCCCUUCCCCAAGGAUUAAUGAUAGCUAAUCUCUCCUAGUGCCUUAUUGUACCAAGGCAGUUACUUCCAAAGGGUCGUGUGUAUCUGGGCUUGUAGGGUAGGCUUCUUGGAAAAAAAACACAAGAUUCUGCUUCGUAAUUAGAAGAAUUUAGGCAGAAGCUUAGCAAAUAUAACCUUAGGAGUCAAGGGAGGAUUUAUAGUUUUGGAUGUAGAACUAACUCCAAUGCAGAGUUUUAUAGUCUGCAGAAAAGCCACAGGAAAGUUGGAGAUCCAUGAGUUGGGCUUCCCUUAGGAAGUAUCAGUAUGGGGUUUAUUUAGGGGAGGUGUGGUGUUCUCCACCAGUAGCUGGAGGGCUUCUGUUUUAUAUCUGUGGACCAGGCACAAAGAAGCAUCAGAGGAUUUUAUAGCAAUUCUAUUUCAUACCAGUCAUUUCAAUGGUUGAGAGAUGGUCCGUGAUAAGGCAUCGCAAUCUACCAACUUCACAUUCGUCCAUAACGAUAAACUGGUGCUAUUAGAUGGGCCCUUUAUUUGUCCAUAAUCGUCACGUGUCGUGAGCACCGUCUCAUGGCCAUCUCAUGUCUUUUAGUUUAUUCUAGACCUCGCCACUUGAAACCAUUUAUUUGUGGUGCCUUAUUGCCAAUUUGCAUGUAACAUUUUCAGAUCCGGCACCAAUGUACAUUCCUUCAACUCAUAAGAUAGUGUCGCCCUGAUUACAGAGCAACCGCUGGACUCCCUGAGAUCAAUGAGCAAUGUGUAUGUCGUCGAUAUACCUAUUCAUUACAUCCUGGAUCUGGGUGGCAUCUCUCCUAUGCAAUAAGAGCAGCAUAUAUCCCUAUCAGUCAAUGUAAGCUAACUAGAUACCAUACUUUAACUGCUCCUCUGUUAUGGGGUUAGCAAAUACCCCACCACUGGUGUAUCUGCCCUGCUAAGAGAAUGUGCAAUAACCACAUUGACCUCUAUGUAUCUGGAUUGUGUGUUGUUUUUUUCCCCCACCUGCCAAGAUGCCCCCAUUCAUGAUACUCUAUGUUACCAAUGCUGGUGCUUAUUGUGUUGGCUUGUGCAGCCACCACACUCACACUUACUGUAUUACUGGGGUCUAUGCCUCUAUUGUGUGCUAAAUCAUAGCAGACUUCUGGUCAAUGCAAGCCUAUGACAGCCUAGUGCACCUCCCAGCCUCCAACGGGAGACUCAGCGAUGUUUUUACUCAUCCCUAACAUAAAACCAAUCCAGAAGCUGCGGUUUUUAUAGUUCUACUUGUGCGGGGGAUUGGCAAACGCAGUCUCUCGAAAUCCUCUUAUCAUUAUGGGUUUGGAUACUCAAUUCAGUAAAACUGGGUGUUUAGCAAGUGGGGCCCAGGGGUCCGUUCCAUUCUGUUCUAGGCCAUUUCAGAAUGAAUAGACCGGAACCCUUGCCCCGUGUACUGUUUUAAAGUACAGGACGAUAUCAUGUGUGUGUCAGGACCGGCACACGUUCACAACUCUCGCUUUUAUUCUUGGUGGUUCUGCUUUUGGGAAUCUUGUUUUUUGUUUUUUUAUUGUUGUAAAGGGGGUGGGGCAUGGCAUAGACCCCGCCCACCUUCUGUUUCCUCCUUUGUAUAUGAUGUGAACAUUUUUAUUUUAUGAUUUACUUGAUUAAGGUUUGGCUGUGUUCUAUGGCAAACAAAUACAGCCGGUUUCAAUGACUGUACAUCUUCCAACGUCUUUUGUAACAUCGCACUCUCCUUCCAGUUGCAACUGUGAUUCUAACAAAAGAGGGGAAAAAAAUAGUAUCUUUUUCCCAGUAGUUUUUUAACGUUCUCCUAGCAGCGACUCGCUGAUGUAUCAAAAAAAUAAAAAAAUAAGAAAUCUACAGAUCCUUCCAUCCAGAGAAGCUUUCUGGCUUGAAAUGUGGAUUUACAGUGGUCCCUCAGAGGGUGGCGCUCAUUUGAUGCAUAUUUGGUGGUGCAAGGAAGGGGGACCACUGUAAUUCAGCUCUUGGUUUCCACAUUUUGAGCCAGAAAUAAAUCUUUUUUUUUUGUUUUUUUCAAGGCGUCUGAAUUUCAGAGCUAAAAUCUGCAUUGUAACAUCCGUAUCUGCUUAAAACCUUGGUAUUAUUGGCCAAGAAUGUUUUUGUUUUUACUCUGCUUGUUCUUUUGAUAAAUUUGGUGCAAUUUUUUCAAACUUAGGCAAUUUCCAACAAAAUUAUUUCAGCCUCUAAUUAUGUCCCUUCUAAAAUAGAAGGGCUGAAACAAAGGGUUUGUAGGAUGCAUUAACUCACGUUUCAUUUUGAACAGCAACACGCUCCACCUUAUGCAAGAGCCGGAGCAUGCCGCUCAGAUAUCACUGCAAAAAUCACAUUGAACCACCCCAACAAUUGGUGUGAUGGGUGGGUUAACAUGUCUAGUCAUGAGUAGCAAACGUUGGAUUUUACAAUGGAUGGAGCAUAUUGCUGUUUACCAGCUUGACAGUGGUUGGACUGCUAGAAUGGCACAGUGGGCUGCUAGAAUGGCACAAUGGGCUGCUAGAAUGGCACAGUGGGCUGCUAGAAUGGCACAGUGGGCUGCUAGAAUGGCCAUAUACCAGAGACUGGAGACAAAUGAGCAACGGACACUAGUGUUCAAAAGUUUGGAACUACAGCAGAAAAGCCAAUACAUUACACACAAGGUCAGAAAAUUCUGUUCAUUUCAUCAAUGAAUUCUUUACUUGCAACAAUUUCAGCUUUGCCAUUGUAGUCGUCACCUUUGAGCACCCAAUUAAUGAAAAUAUUUUGGGUAAACUUGGUUUGGUGAAUAUACACUAUUUUUCCUAAAGUAUGGGGGUCAUCUACCUGCCCAACAUCUCAUUCCCAAUUUAAGGGGAAUAAUAUGAAUUUGCCCUUCACUGCUGCUAUAACUGGCCAUGCUCUUCUGGGAAAGAUCCCACUAGAUGUUGGACCAUGGUUGUUGGGAGUUGCUUCCAUUUAGCCAAAAGAGCAUUAGUGAGCUUGUGCGCUGAUGUUGGGGAUCAUCCUCUCAGUUGGGGUUCCAGUUCAUCCCGCAGAGCCAUCUCAGCAACCCCAUUCGGCUUGCACUCUACUUUGUGCCUGGGGUUAUUGUUCUGCUGAAAGGACCUUACCCAAACUGUUGUCCAAAGUAGGCGGCAUGGAUUUGUAGCAUUAAGGUUUGUUUUCUAGGGGCCCAAACCAUGAAAAACAACACCAGACCAGUAUUCCUCCAUUAAUUUGUACCUUUGUCUAGCUCAGGUGGCGAUGCUUGAAAGCUUUAAUUGUCUCUUAUGUCCUAUUAAGGUAUCUCAAUCCCUCCCCUCCCCCAGGAUUGGCACAGAAUUAAACCCUUUUAUGUUCCUGAACCCUCCUCAGACAGAUGUUUCUCCUGUAUUCCCAGGGCAAUUCCAGAGAAGAUAUAACUACAGUUUUUUUUAUUGUUGGUGUUUGUUGACUAAAAUAUAGAGCAGUGUUUUCAGGGAUCUUUUUAUAACAUGAAUAAAACUUUUACAUUUUCAUUUCUCCCAGUCUUAUUUGGGUAAAGGAUGGCAGUGACCUCCGGCUCAAAGACUCUUCUGAAAUGAGACCAUAGAAUUGGGCAGUAAGACAAUUUGGUUAGGGGAGCACAGGUGAAGCACCUCCACCAACUUACAUGAUUCUACUGCACUGGCAGUUUAAGACUCUGUGGGGGUCAUUUAUCAACAUUGGGCAAAUUUGCCCAUGGGCAGUAACCCAUGGCAACCAAUCAAAUUGCUGCAUUCAUUGUUCUACUUGCAGUUGGCUUUGAAAAGCUAAUCACUGAUUGGUUGCUAUAGGUAACUGCCCAAGGGCAAAUUUGCCCAGUGUUGAUAAAUGAGCCCCUGUGUUUUUAUUAUGGCAACUUUUCAAACUGAUGUUCCCACUAUUCCAUGACACACACUCUGCAUCACAUAGGUCUUCUUCUCCACCCAGUUCCAUAUAUGAGCCUUUCAUAGGGAUCUCAUUUGGGUGAACAGUCUUGGCUUUGCUCUCAGGAACAUGAGGAGAACACUCUGCCCCCUUUUCUUAAAUGUUUCUAAAUAAACUAUAUUUCCCUUCCAACUGUAACUGUUCAGAAAAGGGGGAAAGAUGAGAACCUUGGUAUCUUUAAGCGCAGAAUUUCCAGGUUCUGCUGCUUUUGGGCAGAAGAGUGCAACCGCACUCGCUACACUAGUGAUCAUAACCCAUUGGUGGAAGCAGAUAAGAGGUAAGAACUGAUGAAGGGGUUGGAGGAAGCAAAAAGCCUGCAAGCUCCCCACUUAGCGGACUUAAGCGGACAAACAAAAAAACUCUUCACCUUCAACCAAAGGAUCUUCAAAUACUAAAUACACCCACAUACCACUAAGUAUGUUCUAGAGUUUUCUCAUGUACUAAUGACACCACAAACCUAGGCUGUUGCUGUACAGUGGAAACAUUUCCAACCCUUCUACAUGUAAAGCUUGGGAGAUCAGACAUUGACCGGUAGAACCUGAGUUCCUAUUGGCUGAAGCAAAAAACUAGCACCAGAUUUAUCAAGCUGAACACACAGGGCAGUCUCUGUUGUGCAUGUAUGGAUGUUAUUUGGCUUCAUUGCAGCAGCCUUGAGAAAGCCUUCACCCUCUUUAUUCUGCAGAUAUAUUUUUUAUACAAAGAAUAUAAACUGUGCACAAAUGAUUUAGCUGGGCAUCCCCCUCGGUGCUCUAACAAACAUCUGCCCCAGUGACUCCGGUGUCCCUUUUGGGAGCUGGGUUUCACCAUGGGGAACCUGGCUUAACUCUGGACAUUCUGAUGGUGCUAUCAACCCUGAAUCGGGUUUGCAUGUCCAGUAAGCCAAUAUAUUUUCUCAACACAGAGAAUUUCACAAAGUUUUAAAUUUCUCUUGAACUCAAUGUACUGUAUGAUUCAAUGUUUGUGCAGCGGGACAGCUGGCUAAUAAAAUUCUCCCCACUGUCUUAAUGUCUUUCGAACUCAAAAGGAAUGUCCGGGAAACAUGGAGGUCUAUACUGAAUCUCCCAUCUAUGGCCUCACAGAAGGUCUGUAAGACAAUGCACCAAAGGGACAGGGCAGCAAGCCACUAUGGUUUGAACCCAUAUUAAGAGAGAGCUCCAUUGCACUCCCCUAUAUGUGCUGUGGACAUGCUCCAGUUUGCGAGACAUUAUAGAGAGAUAUCUGUCCAUUUGAACCACAGUUGGUUGUAGGUACCUCAAGCCAAGAACUCCAGUGUGGAGACUGAUUGUUCCUUGUAUGGUUUUUAAAUAUAAGAUGUAUAUGUGUUGAUCCAGCACCUCCAAAUAAUGUACUUAUUUUAUAUAAACUAUAGUAGUAUUUCCGAAGCAGGGUAAGUAAUGGUACAUUAUAAAUGCUUUUACUGGUCCUUCAAAAAGCCUAUGGGGGUAUCUGCUCCAAACCAAGUACAUGAUCUAGAGAAACAAUAUAGGAAUGCUGAGAGGGCUGUUCUUAUUGUCAUCUGGAGCAUUUUUAGCAAUCAUUUCCCAAAGUGUUUCUCAGAGUUUCAUUUUCACUACAUGCUCCGCCUCGUGGCAGAAUGUAGAAUCUAUAAAUAAGUAUUAAAUUAUGCGUUGGUUAAUUAUAUAAAUAAAUAAAAUUAGAUCAAAUACAAAGGUAAAUAAUCAGGCAAAAAAAUAUUGUUCCUGGUGCACAAUUGUGUGUAUGUAGUUGCAGAACUGCUUUACACUCAUUGUGUUUAUUAGACCAGAAGAGGCCAGUGGGCCACUGGGUGAUCUAAUAAUCAUAUUAAGCUUAAAAUAUGCCUGAUGUAGCUUUAUCUGCCCUGUACAAAGAGCUCUGUGCUCUCUCAUUGACAGUCCAGAGCAUGCAAUUGGGGUUCUCCCAUUGACUUUCCCGUCAUUUCAUUGGAGCUCUCCUAUUGACAGUUCUGAACAUGCUAUCAGGACUCACCCAUUGACUUUCUAUGGCAUGCCAUCCAGGGUCUCCCAUUGACUAUCCAGAGAAUGCCAUUGGGGCUCUUCCAUUGACUAUCCAGAGAAUGCCAUUGGGGCUCUCCCAUUGACUGUCUGCAACAUGCCAUUGGUGCUUUCCCAACGACUCUCCAGAGCAUGCCAUUGGGGCACUCCCACUGAAUGUCUACAGCAUGCCAUUGGGGCUCUCCCAUUGACUCUCCAGAGCAUGCCAUCCGGGCUCUCCCAGUCACUGUCUACAGAAUGUCAUUGGGGCUCUCCCAUUGACUCUCCAGAGCAUGCCAUCCGGGCUCUCCCAGUCACUGUCUACAGAAUGUCAUUGGGGCGCUCCCAUUAAAUAUCCAGACCAUGCCAUUGCGGCUCUCCCAUUGACUGUCUGCAGCAUGCCUUUGGGGUUUUCCCAAUAACUCUCCAUAGCAUGCCAUCGGGGCUCUCCCAUUGACUGUCUACAGCAUGUCAUUGGGGUUCUCCCAUUGACUAUCCAGAACAUGCAUUGGGCUCUCCCAUUGACUGUCUAGAACAUGCAUUGGGCUCUCCCAUUGAAUGUCUACAGCUUUUUACUAGGGUUCUCCCACUGACUCUCCAGGGCAUGCCAUUGGGGCUUUCCCAUUGACUGUCUACAGCUUGCCAUCUGGGUUCUCCCAUUGACUAUCCAAAGCAUGCCAUUGGGGCUCUCCCCUUGACUGUCCAGACCAUGCCAUUGGGGCUCUCCCAGUGACUGUCCAGAUUAUGCCACAGGAGCUCAAGUAAUUGUGUUGAUAAGUAGCAUGGUUAGCUUGUCGUAGGAACAGGCUGAUAUUUAGCCUUAGCUUAUAAACUGCAUUCACUAAUGGAAAACCUUUAGCCCUCCAAAUUAAAAAAAAAAUAUCUUUAGGGGUUUGUAAGGAGGGGGGACUACCAGGGCCCCACAAAGUAGCAGUUUAAAGAAAGGCAGCUGGACUCGAUGUGGCUUUUCAUUCUAAAUUGCUAUUUGAUUAAAGAUCAAGAUGGUGCCAGUAGAGCAGGUUGGCAAAGCCUGUUGGGGUUGCUGAAGGGCCACUCUAGUGAUGUUUUAGAGACUGGAGCAUCUCUGCAUUUGCACUUUUAAAGCAAAAAUUAUAAACUUUAUUCUGAAUCUCUGGAACUGAGGGGCCCCACUACUUGUGCCCCCCAGGAUACCAGAACUUACUGCAAAAUACACCUUAGUGAAUGUGGGCACACACGUGCCUUGUGGGUAACAUAGGAAAUCCAGACACAAAAAAAAAAUUCUACACAAAUUUUCUUGACCUCUAACUUUUAUUCUCAUUCUUUCAAAAGUGCUGAGAUUUUAUAUUUUUACUGAAAUUUUUUUCACAUUUUUCCUUGUUUUGGCAUAGCCCUGGGUGAAACCGAAAGCAUAAAAAUAUAUAAAAACUAAAAAAAAAAAUGCCUGAAUUCCUUAAGAUGAGAAGAAGGUGGUAGGCGACUUAAAACAUAAAAGGUGCUACGCGUUUUAUGAAAAAAAUAUAUAUUGUUAAAUUAAAUCAACUAUUUGGUCGAUGACUGUUUUUUUCUUUUGUUUUAUUCUUGGUUUUUCUUUUUUAUUUCUUGGCGUGCUGAGGGGAGAAAGCACUCUUAUUUUACUCUUCUAUAUUAUUAUUAUGAAAACAAAUGAGUAAAAAAAAAAGGCAUUUUAACUUUGUACUUGAAAUAAAUAACGAAAAAACAAAAAAGCAAAAAAAAACAACAAAAAAAAGCAAACAGAUUUCAUGUGUUUUAGCCUAGGCGUUGAACUAGUGGGUGCUUUAACUCUUUGUGACAAUGAUGUAUAUGAAAAUGAAACUAUGUAGAGAAUUUGAUAACUUUUAUUGUUUGACAAUUGUAUCAUGUUUUUCUCCAUGUUAGAAACCUUUUACUUUUAUUGUUCCCAUCUUUGUUUUUUAAUUAAAUACCCCACAUUCCACUUACAGGAACCCUAUUAUAUUCAUUUUAUUUCUUCUUUAUUGCGCCAUGAUAAAUUGUUCCUUUAUUCCUGUUUUUUCUUGAAUUAUUGUGCAACUGAUCACCUCCUUGAAGUUACUGUGUUUUGCUUUGUGUGUUUUUGGGGUGCAAGAGAAUUCUGACAAUGGAAGUGACCCAGAAAUAACACCUGUUAGAACUAUGGUUCAUAUAAUGUUUCUCUGCCGGCAUCAGGGCUGUAUUAAAAUAUAGUACUGCUCUAGGCAUCCGCCUGUUGCCCUGCCCUCUUUCCUCCCUUAUUCACACAGGCGGCAGUUGGAAGAAAGGGACAUUUUGUUUGUAAAUGUUAAGGAUGCACAAAAUCCAAUUUUUUUUCAGAUUUGGCCCAAUAACCAAUCUUCCCGAGAGGAUUUGGCUAAACUCAAUCCAAACCCGAAUCCUAAUUUGCGUAUGCAAAUUAUCAAAAUCCUGGGAUGGGGAAAUCUGCAAUUUCUCUAGUCAGAUGAUCAAAAGUCAAGUAAUUUUAAGGAUUUCGAUUUGGUUCACCCAGGCAAAAAAUGGGGCAGCAUCUAAAUCUGUUGCCCUCAGCCCAGGCCCGUGAGUGCCUAUAAAGAAAAUACAGCCCUAGCCAGCAUACCUCAGCCAAUAACCUCCCUGUGCUUUUCAGGCUAAAAAACACUUCAUGAUGCAGUUUCCAUUAAUAUGAAGGACAGGAGGCAUGGUAGGUAGGGUGUAUCUCCUCAAAAUCCAUUGGAGAAAUGCCACCUGCACCCUAAGCCUUAAUCUUGUCCAUUUUCCAAGACCUGGGAAGACCAUAUCUCCUGACCAAAGACAAAGCAAACUGCUGGUCAGUUAGGGUGGGUUGGUUUAGGGGUUCUCUUUGAAGAUGGCUUCUAACUGGACUUCCAUGGUCAGAAGAUCUUGUUCCCAAUCAUCUGAUGCACAAAUGACACUGGCUGUGGGCUACUGGGGCGCAGCAAGUUCUGUAUCUGUAGUGAUGUUAAGGAAUGUCGUCGAUGUAGCGUUAUCGCUUGAUUCGGGAUGCAGUCUGUCCAUUAUUUUAGGAUUUGUCUGACUUCUGCUUCCACCCUUAAUGACCUUCCCUUGCAAAUGAGGGCAUGUUUUUUAUCCAAAAAAGUUAAAAUCUUCCAAGCAACGAUCUGUUGAAAUCUUGGCUUGAUGAGGCCCUUCAGGGAUGGAGUUGAAUAGACAUGAUCCAAAGUUUGUUCGGACAUUUGUAACCAAAUAUUGGAUUGAUGCAUCCCCUACUUAAAUCUUGGAUCCAUUCCUCCAUUGUGGCCUCUUGGAUUGUUGAAGAGGUUGGUGACUGUUUGGCUUUGGUUAUUGGGAGUCUAGAGCCCAAUGGUAGGAAUGAAUGGAUGGGAAACCAAGCCGAGUCAUAUUCUUUGUGUUACCCGCAUCAUUGGCGUUCAGUGGGGUUGGCCAUUCUUUCCUUUGUAAAACGGCUUCAAUAUUUAUUAUAUGUAUUGAUGUACAUUUCACGGGAUGGUCGCAGGAAGGAGCAGCGCAGGUGGAGAAAGGAGAGCUUUAAAGGUUACAGUGGGGCAAGGUUUUUAUUAUUUUUUUAGGGGGGUACAUUUUAGAAUAUUAAGCCCCCCAUGUACCUGAUAUUGGCAUUUUGUUGUAACUCUGUGUAAAUGAUGCUUGUGGCAUAGCUGUAUAUGAAAUACAAAUAUGGGGGGGUCUCUGCCUGCCGCAGAUGGUCCAGCUCACUCCGUUCGCCUCAUUUUUGUUUUUAUUGGUUCCCAGAAAACUAAAGAGAAAUAAAUCAUUUAAAGAAA